AUGGCAGUCGCACAAUCGGACCAACCGGUCCUAGUCUUCCCCGAGGACCUCCAACGCAACCCGAACCUCUCUCACGACCACGCCGCCGGGAUGCUCAUCAAAGCGGCCGACCUGGCCUCCAAGGGCCAACCCUUCCUCUUCAAAUUUAUCGACCAGCCCGCAGAAGGCGCAAUGUGGGUCACCUUCAUGCGGCCCGAGGUCCCGAUGCCCCAGGACGGCGUACGCUACCUCGAGCAGGAACAGCGCUACCCCGUGAACCUCGGCCAGGUCGAGAUGGAAGUCUCCGAGGCGCGCUUUGGGUUCGUGCCGGGGAAAGACACCGCUGCUGCGCGUAUUAGGAGGCGGUAUAGGGUUGUGCGGGGUGGGCAUCCGGCGUUCGUGCUGUACCAUUAUUCGCGCGGGCCGGCGCAGCCGGUGCCGCCUCAGCUUGCUAUGGCGCCAAUUAGGGCGUACCCGCUGCAGCAGAUACCGCCGGGUAUGGGGAUGUAUGUGCUGGGUGAUAAGGCGGGGCAGAGGGCUACGAUUCCACCCAGGGGCCAGCCGCCGCCGCCGACGGACCCGAGGCAGAUCGCGUUGGCGCAGCAGAAUAGGGAGAUGGAGAGGCAGAGGGCGGCCCAGGCCCAGGCCCAGCAGCGAGCUGCUCCACCAAACCUACCACCGCCACAACAGCGUCUCGAAGAAGAGACAGAUGCUGCUGAGGAUAUAGACCACAUAUCUACACGAACCCUUGCUGCUACACGGUACAAGCGCAACCACGACUACAUGAGCGAAGUCUUCAUGUACGCCGCCUUCAACGCAAAAGACGACGAGAAGCCACUUGCGCCAUACAAGACGCACUUUAACAAAUCUGACCUGGAAGAUAAGAUUGCGAAGCUCACAGAAGAACUCCAAGACUUGCGUUCAAGAUCUGCUAGGAAAACCGCUGAGCAGAGCGAGCUUGAUUCGAUGACUGCGGAUGUUUCGAUGGUCGCCGCGUAG